CUGCAAUCAUAGUCGAUCAACCUGUUUGCUGGAAAACUAAACAAUGAACGUGUUACUCUACGCUCUCAGUAUAUUCAGCGUUACGGCAUUCGGAUUUUUCUCACAAUCAACUGGAGAAUCUACGCUUCCCGUAACUGUCUGCAAGAGGAAUUCAGCUGAUUAUUCCACAUGUUUAAAACACGCUUUAGAGGAAGCAUGGCCACGAUUUGUUAAAGGACUUCCAGAAUUUGACUUUCCUGCUUUGGAUCCAUUAUUUCUCGAACGUGCCACAGCUGUAUUAAAUUUAGGCGAGAUACAUGGAGAAAUAACUGCGUCAAACCUGACUGCUAUUGGUUUAUCGAAGACUCAUUUUUCUGAUAUAAGAACGCAUUUUCUUGAUGACAUUUUCCGUUUGGAAAUUGACGCAGAAGUACCAUGGUUGUACGUAGAAAGUGCUGUACAAGCAAAUAGUACUUUAAGUGUGUUCAGAAUUACUGGUAAAGGUCAUUUUAAUGAAACUCUGACUGAAGUCAGAGGAACGUGGGAUAUGACAGGGCAUGUAGUGAACGACACAUGGAUUGUAGAACAUUUCCGUAUCACUCCGUCAGUUGGAAAACUUAAAAUAUAUUUCGACAAUUUGUUAGAACAAGGCAAAGAGUUUAAUGAUGUUGUCGUGAAUUUUAUUAACGAAUAUUGGCCGGCUUUAUAUCGAAUAGUAUUACCAAUACUAGCUGAUGUAUACGAUCCUUGGCUAGUUGAUUUUCCUAAUAAGUUUUUCUCAAAAAUUAAAUUCUCAGAAAUAUUUCCAUAAAAAUUGUAUAUUUAUUAUACGUCAGUAAGAUACCACAUUUUUUGUAAAAAUGAAAACAAUAUUUAGCUUUGUAAACAUUAAAACUAUGUAAGAUAUAUUUCUGAGAUUGUAUUAUUUAAUCUUCGUAUUUUAACUAUUGGAAGCAAAAUAAAAAAAUUAUUCCUCUCCUA